GUAAAUAAUAACCUUGGCCUGCCCGCCAUCCCGCCUAUCAAUCACGCCCUGCACGCUCUGUUCCCACCACCUGCUACACAGUUACUGCUGCUACUCCGCCUCUGCUGCUGCUGCUGUUACGACUACCACUACUACUACUACUACUUACGACCAAUCCGUCCGUUCCUAGCGUCUCUCCAUUUCCUUUCGUCCUUUUCCACGCCGGGCGUCCGUUCCCUCUGCUGAUCCCUCCCGUCUGUCACCACCUGUCUGGUGUUGUCAGUCGUUGACUUUUGCCUCCUACACUCGCGUUUCCUCGACCGUCGCCAUCCCCCUCAUUGCCGACGUCGUUGUCGUCGUCUGCUCUUCUCCCCCUCCCCCUCCUCGCAUCCCACCCCAGCUCAGCCGCCGCCGCUAUCACCACGGUCCAGAACAGGCGUUGCGACCCACCACCUUCCGGGCGCCACUCGCUGUUUCUGCUGCUAUUGCUGUUGCUGUUGUUUCUGCUGCUGCUGCUGCUGCUGCUGCACGUGUGAGCAGGGCCACCGAGCAGCAGCGAUCGCCGAGGCGUGUGUGGUGCACCGGGUCGGCUGCUUUGUUGAGUGAGGCGCCUGGCCGCUCACUGCUGCUGCUGCUGCUGCUGCUGCUGCUAGCACUACUGCUGCCAUCGCCGUUGACCUGGCCAGGUGAGCCAGUGGUGAGGACAAUACCAAAGGGGGCUCUUCUCCCACUCCGCCUAAUGCAAUAAUACUCCUCCCGAUCGACCACCCGCCAUGUCCCAAACCCAACCCCCGCCCCAGGGCGCUGCCAACGGCGCCGACAACCCAAGCUACUUCGGCUUCCCCAACCUCGACCUCGGGUCACAGGCCAGCAACGAAUUCGCGAGCUUUUUCGAGGGCAACAUGCUGGGCACCUUCGACGACGUACAGAUGCUCGACACGGGCGACGACGCCGGGCCCGCCGACUUUGGUCCCAAUUCAGAGCCCGCGCACCAAGGCGCCACCGACGAGUCGAUAGCACGGGCUGAGAAUCAGUUCAAUCCGGCCGCCAACAAUGUCCCCGGCGCUGGGCCCCUGCCCCCUGGCUCCUUUGCUCAGAUGAGCCUCUCCAGCGGCAACACCGUGACCGAGUUCACCAAACGCAGGAAUUGGCCCGCCAAGGUGGUCGAGGAGCUCAAGGACUUCCUGCACAUUCUUGACGCCAAUGGCCGCGUCAAGUACGCAUCGCCCAGCGUCUUGAGCGUCGCCGGCUACCAGCCCGAGGAGGUGUCCGAGGUCUUUCUCAAGGACCUCAUCCAUCCGGACGACCAGGGCAUCUUUGUCUCGGAACUCAACGAGUCAAUUGCUUCUGGCAACCCUCUGCGCAUGUUCUACCGCUUCAAGAAAAAGGAUGGCACAUACGCCAUUUUUGAGGCCGUGGGCCACGCCCACAUCGCCAGCGCCAAGUUCGCGCCCAACCCCAACAAUCAAUCGCCCUUUUGCCAGGCCGUCUUCAUGAUGGCCCGGCCGUACCCAACCAAGAAUGCAGGCUUGCUGGACUCGUUUCUGGAACACAAGAUCGAGAACGAGCGCUUACGGAGGCGCAUCGCCGAGCUGCGCAGAGAGGAGGAGGCCGAUGCCGACGAGGCGCAGCGGCAAUGGAUGCAGAGCCAAGAGGGCCGUUCGGACAUUACGCCGUCCGAGGACACGGCCGCGUCGUCUGUGACGCCUUUCUAUCGGGCCAGCACUAGCGAUGCAAUGAGUCAAUCGGACCGCAACGCCCUCAACGCUGCCCUGACCAGAGAAAACCUCGAGGGUGCUUCUGCAGGCAGCCGCCCAGACUCGCUGCGGGAUAAGAUGGCGCGGUACGAGGGGUCGUCCCACGCAGACACCAUCGAGAUGUUGACCGGGCUGCGGUACCAAGAGGGAGAGCGCAGCCGGGGGAUCACGACAGGCAAUGCGAGCCCGACCUUGAUCAAGGGCGACGCAGGCAUCGCGAUUCCUGUUGACCGGGAUUCCCGGCCUGGCGAGAAGAAGAAGAAGCUGAAGACGACGGAGGAAUACGUCUGCACCGACUGCGGAACCCUGGAUUCUCCCGAAUGGAGAAAGGGACCUAGCGGGCCGAAGACGCUGUGCAACGCCUGCGGGCUGCGCUGGGCCAAGAAGGAGAAGAAGAGAAACUCCGUCAACGCGUCUCAGCCGGCCCAGAUGGCCGACCACGCCGUGGGCUGAGGGCGACCUCUGCGCGGCGCUGUACCAGUACGAUAAUAUGACACGGCGCAUUUUCCUCCUCGGACGACGCCGGAGGCGCAGGCGCUGUGUGGAUUUUGAGGGCUUACAUUGUAUACACGAACACGACCGACGGCGCACCAAAAUAAACGAACACGACCACAACGGAGCGAGAAAGCAAUCAACGGCCUUUUGGGGGGCAAUGACAGGAUUUUGUCACUGAUCUAGCUGGCAUUUUGGGCUAGUUUUGAUGCUGGCUGUUUGGCAAGCUGUACGACAGAUGGGGAGCGAAGGCAUGAUACCAAGCGUUGGCAGAUGAGCAGGGCAGGACUAAUAUGAUGUAGACUGGACGAUUUCUCUAGUGUCGAACAUCUCUGGAUCUAAUCUUACGGUUCUUGAGCUCUGCAUGCCAUUGACUCCUCGAACGACGAGAGUCUUGAGAUGGUCGGCGGCGUGACCUGCGAGGGGGGCUUGAGUGAGUAGCCCUGCCAAUCCUCGAUUCAACACAGUGCAAGACUCCUAUGUUUGUCGGGAUGGCAGGCUGAGGCUCACCGGUUUGUCCAGAGGGAGCG